AUGUCCUCAGAUACAGAGAACAGUGACUUCACCGAUGGAGAUGGGCUGAUGUCGACACCUGUCUCUUUCUUGCACACGACUCAGCUAAGCGGCGCGGCCGCUAGCGAUCGCUACGCCAGCGCGCCUUUCCUGUUUCAGAUCCGCUUCAGUCGAGCCACCCAACCAACGGAACUACUUGUAGUGGACUCGCCACCGCCGCCCAGCCAAUCACACAUUCGCCAUCAGCUAGUGCCUCAGCGGCUCCAGCUUGGGAAGCACGGCUCCAGCAACGCCGCUGUUCAGAGCGGAACGCCCGCAGCGGUCGGUUCCGCACGGCAAGGCGAACUGAAGCCGGGGAUGAGGAGAGUUGCAACGCACCAGACGCACUUUGCGAUGGUGCGGCAGCCGCCAAUAUCGAGUGGGGACUGCACGAGCGAUUCUGACUCUCUCCUCGGCAACACCAGAGAGUCGUCACUCUCCUACACGUGGACGGACCGCUACCUGGACGAAUCACCUUCGGCGACAAGGACGCGGUGGAUACAGCAGCAAACCUUCGGCCCUGUCUUGCAAUCUGAAGGCGGCAGCAGCACUGUCUCUUCCGUACCUCGUGCUCUCUGCGAGACAGAGGCUGCGUGGGGUACCAUCCUGGCGCACAACGCAGACACACGCAACAGAGCUGCAGAUGCCGUAGGUCCUCAGUGGAACGGAGAGGGCGAUAGACGAGGGUGGAACAUUCGAGGUGGUGGUCGUGCAGGACCUCAGCGCGUUGAGCUGACAGCGGCCAAGGCUGGUGAAAACGAUCCUGGUCGAGAGAGGCACGCUGAAGAGGAGAGUCGCUUCACCGUCUGCCCAUUGGGAAGCCACGUAACCCCAAUAGCUCUCGAGGCACUGGCUCAUGUCUGCAGCAGCGGCGCAUCCGCGUGUACCAGUAACACCUCAACAGUGAUUGCCACAGUCCAGCAGUCGUGUCGGGCAGCACGGAUAAUACCACUCGAAAAGACGCAGAAGCCUCCAACCGCAGCAGCCGCAGUCAGCGCAGCUGACAGCAGGGCACUUGAUUCUCCCGACGGCAAGACAGGGGCGGCAUUGUCUCCGGCCACUAGCGGUCGUUUGCAAGAGGCAAGCCUCUCGUCGGUGUUCCUCGACAUGGUGCCAGCUUCGAGAGCACUCUCUAAAGGAGGCCGUGCUGGCAUUGCGGGCACCGACAACACACAAAAGAGUCACCCGUCUCCCACCAAGCCGAGUCAGCGCGAAAGCCAUGAGAUGGAUGACAACUUCAGCGAGAUUGGGCAAAGCCGCGGCAAUCUCAGAGCCUCUCGAUGCGGCCCGCCACGUGGCCGCGUUCUCAAAGCCAUCUGCGAGGAUUGA